AUGGCGCCGCUCCGCGAUAGAAUCACGACCAUCGCCGGCGGCGACCAGGAGAAGAUAGCCAGGUUGACAGAGAUCCUUUCCUGGUUUGACAGCGACUGGGAGGUGUCGGCAUCGAUGAAGGAAAUGGCCAAGUAUCUCAGAGAAAGCGAGAGGGAUGAGAUCUAUUCCCGAGAUGGAGUCCAGCGGGACUCCAUCCAGUCCAUCGAGUUUCUCCUCUGGGCGAUGGAGCAGACGGACUCGGAGGACCGGAUGGUCAGGCGCAGGUGGUGGGCGUACAGAUCCAGGAUCGAGCAUCCAGAGGAUGACCCCACCAUCACAUACGCGGUGCCGUUCAUGAGGGUGUCGUUCCAGGUGGUGCCACCGUAG